AAUUCUACUAGUAGAGCUUUAUACGUAAAAAUUUGGCAAGAACUGCUUAGGUACCUACCAAAUAUUCGUAUAAACUUAAAAAUUGUUGUAAGUGAUUGUUACAUACCAUUGAUCAGUGCGACAAAAGAAGUCCUUAAAGGAGUUGAAAUGAAAGGGUGUUGGUUUAACUAUAUUAGAAUAUUGACCAGAAAGUGGAAAACUUUCAAUUUGACAAACUUGAAUCAUGAAAUUUUGCAGUACAGUUUUGCAAUUCCGACAUUGCCAGCUAUUGAAUUUGAGAAUGCCAUUGAACAAAUUGAAGUAAUAAUUAAUGAUAACACUGAAAAAUGUUCAAACGAUAUUAAUGGACUGCAACAAUUCACAAAAUUUCUGCGUUUAUGGUGGCAGCCUUUGGCUGAAUUUAUCUCUUGUUCUGAAAAUGUAAAUAAUUCAAUAAAUAUUUCGGAAUACUUUGAUCGACAUAUUGGAAGUAAACUAGGAUCGUUGUCACCAAAUAUUUUUCAAUUUUCCGAUGAUGGCGACGAUGGCAAAUUACAUGAAUUGUCAAUUGACGAUGAACCAAUCAGAGCUAAUUAAAAAAUGUUCGAG